CAUAAGUUAAGUAGGCCCUUUUUCCUGAUCUGUGUGCUUAACAGUUUGUUUCUUUUUUGCUUUUUCUACACAGCCAUGAUCCAAACAAACUGUGGGAGGACAUUAAAAUGUUUGUAUUAGGUCAUGACAUAUCUCAGAACUGGCUCGCCAAAGAACUUGGUAUCCAAAAGGGAAUUCUGUCGCACUAUCUUCUAAAUGGUAGAGGCCUAACGAAGAAUGCCAUUAAACUUCUUUAUUCUUGGUAUUAUUUAUCAAACAGGGGGAAUCAGUCUCAACAAAAUAGGACUGAAGGACAAGCGAGACCGGUUUUUAGUCGACGUGAUAGACUUCACUGGUCUGAGAAGGAACUACAAAUUCUGGAAACAUACCGAAAGGAGAAUGCCUACCCAAGCAUGAAUGAAGUGCGUAGCAUGGCGGACACUCUCAACAGUUUAAGUGCUGGUAUAGGUACGAUAAACUGUUACACUUGAUAAACAACACACAAU